ACUCUAAUCCCCAAACCACUCCAUCUCUCCUGCUUAAAUCUAUCUUCUUUUCCAUCUCACUCUUUUGUAACUUCAGUGCUUGAGAAAAUGGCUCAGUUCUUUGACAAGGCCAAGAACUUCGUGACAGACAAACUGGCCAACGUAGAAAAGCCAGAGGCAGAUCUCACAGAUGUUGACUUCAGGAAGGCGAGCUUCGAUUCCGUGGAGUACAUCGGUAAGGUCCAUGUCAAAAACCCCUAUGAUCACUCCAUCCCCAUCUGCGAGAUCUCCUACACCCUCAAAUGUGUUGGCAGGGAGAUUAUAUCUGGGACAGUUCCGGACCCCGGAUCAAUUAAGGCAAGUGAUGUUACCCUUCUGGAGGUACCAGUGAAGGUGCCACACAGUGUAUUGAUGACAUUGGUGAAGGAUGUUGGGGCAGAUUGGGACAUUGAUUAUGAGUUGAUAUUGGGUCUCACCAUUGACCUUCCUGUGAUUGGGAACUUCACCAUACCUUUGUCGAAGAAGGGAGAGAUCAAGCUUCCCAGCCUCACCAGCCUCUUUGCUUGAGCUCACAAGUUUCGAGCUUUUUCUAUCUUUGUAUGUUGUGCUUCAUAUCAAGAUUAUGUUUUAGUCGAAAAGAUAUGCUUUGGCUGUAAUACCCCUACCGGUUCUGACUCCUGACUCUGUUCAGCUGAUCACAGUUUACACUUUGUGGGUAAAUAUAUUGAAGUUAUAACUACAAGGAUGAAAUCUUGAAAAUAAA